CAUUAUUGAAGCGAGCCGCGAGAGGGGAGGUUGUGGCGAGCGCGGCGGUCGGCGGCCCACCUUGAGUGGGCAGGUUCAGUGGCUGGCUGGACCCGACGGGUGUACCGCGGCGCACACGUCAGUGACAGUCUAGUGGGCGCGUUAACUGCGUGUACACUGUACAAGCGAACAUGUCUAGCUCGAAGUCAGCGUGGCGGUACGCGAGUUGUGUACUGUUUGUUGUCGCGGCGGACGCUGCCCUUUCCGGGCUGUACAUCGACAAUGGCAUCGAUCAAACGGUGAUACAUCAUUCUAUGACGCGACACGAGAGGCAAGUGGUCGAACACGAAAUAUUGGAGCUUUUGGGCCUCGGCGAGAGACCGCGCCGGGCUCAAGCGCCACCGCUGGACCGUUCGGCGCCGAGCUUCUUGCUGGAUGUGUACAAGCAACUAGCGGAGGAACAUGAGCAGGCUCGGCCGACGCGGAGCUCUGAAAUGGCUCUCAGUGGUGAAGAGCAGCACGCCAUCGACGAGAGUGACUUGAUUAUGACAUUCCAGAGCAAAAAGCAUCACCUGGGAGCAUUACGUCACGGCCACGGAAGGCACGUGUGGUUCGACGUGACGAGCGCGCCGGGCGACUCCUCGUCGCUGCUCACGGCGGAGCUGCGCCUGCACCAGGCGGCCUCGCACUCCGACGAUCCCACCGCGUUGUACACUGUCGUCGCUAACAGAGUUAUUAGCGUCGAUAAUUUGGGGGGCAUUAAAAUGGAGCGUGUAGCAGCAGUCAACACCAGCGCUGGCGCUGAGGGCUGGUUGGAGUUGAACGUGACCGGCGCGCUGUCCGCUUGGCUCAACGCGCCCGCAGACAACCAGGGGUUCUUCAUUACUCUGCACCCACAUUCGCAACCUGAGCGUAACGUCAAACCAGAAGAUAUAGGCUUAGCAGAGACGCAUGGCACCAACACUGAGGGCAAACAGCCGUUCAUGGUUGCUUUUUUCAAGAACGGCCCCAAACUGGGCUCCUCGGAUACAGGGGGGCGCAGGAAACGGGAAGCGAGACGAUGGCGUAACCACGGCUAUUCAGAAAACUACCUGAGGAAUCCUCUCACAGACACAUCACAUUGGACAACACGGAGUUGCGAAAUACAAACACUUUACGUCAGUUUCAAGGAUUUGGAAUGGCAGGACUGGAUUAUAGCACCCGACGGCUACGGCGCUUUCUACUGCAGCGGAGAAUGCAACUUCCCUUUGAACGCGCACAAGAAUGCAACCAAUCAUGCCAUCGUGCAAACAUUGGUUCACCUAUUGAAUCCCACUCAGGUGCCUAAGCCAUCGUGUGCACCAAUCAAGCUGUCCCCGAUCUCUGUCCUGUACUACACCGAUGACUCGAACGUGAUACUGCGGAAGUACAAGAACAUGGUGGUCAAAAGCUGCGGAUGUCAUUAGAUAUAUGCAACCUCUUCAAUACCUCAUACAUUUAGUUAUCAAAGUACAGUACACUUAGGUUGAUCCCUUACACCAUUAAUAACUGGACGUGGUUCGCUAACCGUUGCCCCUCUGGCAAAGAUCAAAAAUUAUUAAUGGUCUAAGGGUUGAUCCAUAUUAAACAGUGGCGUAGAAAUAAGGGGGGGGGGGGGAGAGAGUUAGAUGACGGCAAAUGAAAUAUAGUAAUGCCUAAUAAAGGUUUCUAGUGGUAAAACAAUUAUCAAAAUCGGUUCAAUAGAUCUUGAGAUUACCCCCACCCCAUAUUCUCAACACCACAAAUUUUAUCUCUUUACAAUAUUAAUAUAGACAAGCCGUACUGUGUAACCAAGUGUGUUGCAUAAAUUUUUCUAAAUGUAUGAGGGUUCAUUAGAUUAUACUAUUGAAACUAGUCCAAUACAAGAACAAACAAACUGAAUUAAAUAGGUAGCUAAGUAUGGAUUAUUAAUUCUUAAAUUAAGUUGUGAAAUUUGCUUUUUUUCCGAUGAUUUAAAAUGGAAUAAGGAAAUAAAUAAAGAAAGAUAAUGUGUAAUAAAUAUCGUCGUUGAAAAUUAAAGUGCCAAACUGAUAGCCAUUCGAACGAAACGCUGCGCUUACACUAAAAUAAUGGAGCAACUAUUUCUUGUUAAAUAUCCAUACAUACUGCAUGUAUGGAUCAAUAUUUCAAUAAAAUUCAGAAAUAAUUUUGGUGACAACCACCAAUAUUAGUAUUGGAUAAACUUUGUAAUUGCACGUUGUAGAGUCAACAUCUCCUGAGGAUGCUCCGGUUUCGGUGUGAAACGUACCUACGUAGAAAAUAUUUAGUCGGACCUGGGUGACGUUGUCGCGAAAUUGUAUUGAUUGCGAACUAUAACGAAUUUCAGAGUUCAAUAGCCUACUGGCGGCAAAGGAGAUCAUUCAUUUUGGGCCCUUUUUGAAAGUGCCGGCCAACGAAAAAAAAUAGCACGAAUCGUUAGAACUAGUCAUUUGGAGUAAUAGUUAAUAUGGCAUGAAAGUUGUAGGAGGGCUCUGAACCAAGUUAUACAGGUUCGACGAUUCGUUAUUUCCAUACAUUUUGUCAAUUUUCAAAAGUGCCCGCCAAGAAAAAAAACUGGUACGUAUCGUUAGAACUGCCCAUUUGGAGCAAUAGUUACUAUGGCUGAAAUGUUGUAGGACUGCACUGAACCAAGUUAUACAGGUUCGAUGACUCGUCACUUCUAUACAUUUUACUGAGUUUUUUAAGUGCCCGCAAACAAAAUAAAUCAUACGUAUCGUUAUAACUAGCCAUUUGCAGUAAUAGUUACUAUGGCAUUAACAUUGUAGUAUAGCUCUGUGUCCAGUUAUACAGUUUCGAUGAUUCGUCCAAUCCAUUUAUUUUAUUGAUUUUUUAAAGUACCGUUUAUCAAAAAUAUGGUACUUAUGGUUAAAACUGCCCAUUUGGAGUAAUAGUUAGUAUAGCACAAAUGUUGCAAGAUUGUUCUGAACCAAGUUAUACAGGUUCUAUGUCUCGUCACUUCAAUGUAUUUGAUGGAGUUUUGUAAGUUACAAAGUAAAUGCUAUUUAUCGUUAUAACUAGCCAUUUUCAGUAAUAGUUACUAUGGCAUAAACGUUGUAGUAACGUUUCUAGUACUGAAACAAGUUAUAUAACUUUCAUUCAUUGAUUUCCGAAAAAGUUGGAAAACAUAAAGGCAAUAAUAAAAUAUAGAAAUAAGAAAUAAUGAUUCUAAGCAUUUGCACAAAUUCAACAUUAUGGUGCAAAUGUAACUAGAAAUUGUGUUAUUGUGCAUUGAGAGAAAUAAAAACGUUUUAUUAAGUUCUUCAAGUAAUGGUAAUUUCGGUUUACAAGCUUGAAUAACAUAACAAAUACACGCACAACGGCGAAUCACAUGGCCAAGUGCAGAAACGGUCCAGAAGGAAGAACAUAACAAAUAAUGAUGACACAGCUCUUACACCAUGAUGACAUUUAAUUCAUAUUAUUAGUUAAGUAUUCAUCAUUAUUACCUAUUUAUUGUUUCCCAUUACAUUUAGAUAUCAACAAAAAGAUAAGUGACGAAUCAUCGAACGCAAAUAACUUGGAUCAAUCAUACAAUGUUUCUGUCAUACCUACCUGCUAACUGUAUUGCUUAAAUCGAUAAAAUGCAUAGAAAUUAAGAAUCAUUGAACUUCUAUAACAUGGUUCAGAGCAGGCCUACAACGUUUGUUGUACUAUACUAACUAUUACUCCCCGUUCCUAUUACAGCCAGUUCUAAUGAUACGUACCAUUUUAAUGGUUGGGUCUUAAAAAUCAAGAAAAUCUAUGGAUAUUACAAAUAGUCACACCUGUAUAACAUAGAUCAGAGCAUUUAUACAACGUGCCUGUCAUACAAACUGACAAAGUAUGUCUAAAUGAUCAGUUAAAAUGAUACCUGUAAGAAUUUUAUUGGCAGGCAUACAAUAAAAUGUAUGGAGAUGACAUGCCAUUUAACCUGUACAACUUGGUUUAGAGCAAUCCUACAACAUUCGUGUUAUACUAACUAUUGCCACAAAUGACCAGUUAAAACGAUACGUAUCAUUAAUAUUGUCGGUGGGCACUUACAGAAAUCAAUAAAAUCCAUAUAAGUGACGAGACAUCGAACCAUAACUAAAUAUUACUCCAAAUGGGCAGUUCUGACGAUAAGUGCAGUGAUAAGUGCAUAUUUUUGUAAAACAGCACUUUGAAAAUCAACAAAACAUAUGGAUUUGACGAAUCAUCGAAUCUGCAUAACUGGACACAGAGCUAUACUAAAAUGUUUAUGCCAUAGUAACUAUUGCUGCAAAUGGCUAGUUACAACGAUACGUAUUAUUUAUAUUGUAGGUGGGCACUUACAACACUCAAAAAAUAUGUAUAGAAGUGACGAGUCAUUGAACCUGUAUAACUUGAUUCAGAGCAAUCUUACAACAUUCGUGCCAUACUAACUAUUGUUCCAAAAGGGCAGUUCUAACGAUACGUAUCAGUUUUUUUUCUUAGCGGGCACUUUUGAAAAUUGACAAAAUGUAUGGAAAUAACGAAUCGUCGAACCUUUAUAACUUGGUUCAGAGCCACCUGACAACUUUUAUGCCAUAUUAACUAUUGCUCCAAAUAGCUAAUUAUAACGAGUCAUGCCAUUUUUUUUUGUUGGCCGGCACUUUCAAAAAGAGCCCAAAAAUGUAUGGAGCGUGAAUGAUCUCCUUUGUAAAUGCGCCACUGGAUUUUAGUAUUCUUUGUAUACAAAGUCAUACAAGUGCGUCCACUGAUUCGCAUCGUACG